AAGCUGGCCGUCUGGCUCAAGCCUGGUUUGCACCACUGGCAAGGGUCUACAGCCGGUCUUUUUAGGGCUUGCACCUAACAUUUUAUUAUUGCCCCGCCAUACAUUCGUCGGGCAACCAUGGCCACACCUUUUCCAUCCGACACGGCCAUCGUCGUUGGGGGCGGUCUUGGCGGCAUGUCCGCCGCAAACACGGUUCUAGAGAACAACGGCAAGGUCGUGUUGUUGGACAAGUCUUCCUUCUGCGGCGGCAAUUCCACCAAGGCCACUAGCGGCAUCAACGGUGCAGAGACCAAGACGCAGAAGGACAAGGGCAUCGAUGACACCAUCACUCUGUUCACAAACGACACCCUCAAGGGCGGUGCCAAGAAGCCCGAGCUGGUCAAGGUCCUGUGCGGCAACAGCGGGGCCGAUGUGGACUGGCUGGUGGAGAAGUUCAACCUCGACCUGUCCCUGGUCGCCCGCCUGGGCGGCCACUCGGCACCCAGGACGCACCGAGGCGCAGAGCGAUUCCCUGGCAUGACCAUCACCUAUGCCCUCAUCCAGAUGGUGGAGAAGAUCGCGGAGAGGAGCGACAAGGCGCGCAUUAUUACCAAGGCGAAGGCCACCAAGCUGCUGACCGCCAACAAGGUUUGCGUGGGCUGCGCGUACGAGAAGGGCGGCGCGGAGUUCCAGGAGCACGGCCCUGUGAUCCUGGCCACUGGCGGCUUUGGCGCCGACUUCACCAGCAACUCGCUGCUUGCGCAGUACCGGCCCGACCUCAUGCACCUGCCCACCACCAACGGCGAGCAUUGCACCGGCGACGGGAUCAAGAUGGGCGAGGCGAUCGGCGCCAAAUCGAUCGACUUGGAAUGGGUCCAGGUGCACCCCACGGGCUUGGUGAAGCCCGACGACCCGGACGCGAAGAUCAAGUUCUUGGCCGCCGAGGCACUCCGUGGCGUCGGCGGUCUUGUACUAGAUGCAAACGGGAAGCGCUUCGCGAACGAGCUGGGACGACGCGACUACGUCACAGGCGAGAUGUGGAAGAACAAGCCGCCUUUCCGACUCUGCCUGAACAAGGCUGCGUCCUCUGAGAUCGCGUGGCAUUGCAAGCACUACACCGGCCGCGGCGUCAUGAAGUUCUACGAGACAGGCGACGCACUGGCCAAGGACAUGGGUGUUCCUCUUUCUGUGUUGGAGCAGACGCACGCCGCUCACUACCAGGCUGCGAAGAAGACAGAGAAAGAUCCAGACGGUGGCUCCUAUCCAGCGUACCCCAGCGGCAAGUCCUGGGACGAGGCAAGCGGAAAGACUGGCUCGGGCAAGAAGUUCUAUCAUAAUGUCAUCGACGGUCCCGCAGUGAAAAGCGAGCCCUUCUACGUGGCCAUCAUCACGCCCGUGAUCCACUACUGCAUGGGGGGCCUCGAGAUUGACACGGACUCUGCCUGCAUCGGUGCCGACGGGAAGGCCAUCCCAGGAUUGUACGCUGCGGGGGAGGUCGCUGGCGGUGUGCAUGGCAACAACCGCCUGGGCGGCAACUCGCUGCUGGACUGCGUAGUGUUCGGCCGCGUGGCUGGCCUCGCUGCGACCAAGUACAUGUUGGGCGCGGAUUGCAAGCCCGUGAGCCUCAAAGACCUCUCCGGCGGAGGCCUGACCGGCGAGGUUAAAGCGUCCAAGAACGCGGGCGGCUCGUACGAGGAUGGCAUGAACAAGACCGACGGUGCCGGCAAGCCGAAGAAAGAGAAGAAGGCGAAGAAGGACAAAAUGGAGUCUAGCGGUGGUGGCGGCGGCCUCACCAUGGCGGAGGUGGCCAAGCACACCAGCAAGACCGACUGCUGGGUGGUCGUGGCUGGCGAGGUGCUCGAUGUGACCUCGUUCCUGAGCCAGCACCCCGGAGGCGAGCUGGCCAUCCUCACGUUCGCCGGGAAGGACGCCACCGAGGAGUUCAACAUGAUCCACCCUCCGGACGUGAUCCCGAAGUACGCCCCUGACGCCGCCAUCGGCAAACUCGGGGCAGGCGGAGGUGAGGAAAAGCCGAAGAAGGAGAAGAAAGAGAAGAAGGUGAAGUCUGGCGGCGGUGGCGGUGGUGGCGGCGGCCUCACCAUGGCGGAGGUGGCCAAGCACACCAGCAAGACCGACUGCUGGCACCCCGGAGGCGAGCUGGCCAUCCUCACGUUCGCCGGGAAGGACGCCACCGAGGAGUUCAACAUGAUCCACCCUCCGGACGUGAUCCCGAAGUACGCCCCUGACGCCGCCAUCGGCAAACUCGGGGCAGGCGGAGGUGCCGACGAGGAUGACGGCUCGGACUCGGACGACUCGGACUCGGACGACGACUCGGACUCGGACGAGGAGGAGGCUAUCGGUGGCGGCGGCGGGUACAGCCCAGAGGAGGUGGCGAAACACGUCACCAAAGAUGAUUGCUGGGUCAUCCUCGGCGGAAAGGUGCUGGACGUCACCUCCUUCCUGUCGCAGCACCCGGGGGGCGAGCUGGCGAUCCUCACGUUCGCCGGCAAGGACGCCACGGCGGAGUUCGACAUGAUUCACCCGCCCGACGUGGUCGGCAAAUACGCGCCAGAUGCUGUCAUCGGCGAGGUUGGCGGCGGCGGCGGCGGUGGCGCGAAGAAGAAGAAGGAUAAGAAGCCCAAGAAGGGCGGCAAGCCAGUCGUCGUGGACAAGGGCGACAAGAUCGCCAACCACCAGGCCUGGGGGCACCUCGACGGCCGGGACAACUGGCGCGAGGGCGUCAUGGACAGCAACCCGGGCGUGUUCUUGAUCAACGUGCGGGCCUAUUUCUACGCCGCCUGGUACUUGCUGAGCGCCGUCCUCUACGAGGUCGCCGCGACGAUCUUCGUCAACAAGAACUUCAAAAUAACUGGCGACCGCGUCGGCCUCACCCGCAGCGCGAUCUUGCUGGUCCUAUUCAUCGUCAUCCACGCCGUCGGCAACCUUCACGUAUUCAAGGGGCCCGAUGACUUCAACGGUUACGGCUACUUCUACGUGCGCCUGUAUUGGACCGGCUUCGGGCUCCCCGCCAAUAUCGUGGAGGAGUACAUCUUGCUCUCCGUCCUCCUGCACGUGCUCGCGGGCCUCAAGCGCACAUGGGACACGUCCCUCGGCAUGUUCAAGAACAAUCCGCGAGCACUCGACCUCGCCUGCACUGGCCUGGUCCUGCUCACCUUCAUGACUGUUCACUUGUUCCAGUUCCGCUUCGGCGACACCGACCAGUUCGGGCCGUACAUGAUCCGCCCCCCUCCCUACCUCAUCAAUUUCUGGGGCGUUUUCGAGCUCGACCUCUUCUGGACGAAGGACGCCUCGAUCCAGCCAGUUGGUGUGCGCGACAUCUACGCACUCGAGUUCAAGCUCUUCAACGAUUCCAAGGCUCUCAGCCUCUUCUACAUGUUCGCGGUCGCUGUGUUCAUGGUCCACGGUUGCCUCGGCUGGAAGAAGCUCGUCCCAGCGUCGGCCUUCGGCAUCCCGAAGAAGCACAUCCCCCUGGUGACAAAGUACGGCUACGCAAUCUUCAUUGCGGUCGGUCUCGUCUACAUCUCGUUCCCGCUCUACUGCCUGUGCACGGUCCCGUUCAACGGCUACGAGAAGGACAUCAACUCCAGCCGCGUCGAGCGCUGAGCUCCCGGCGCACCGCGCAGUGCCGGGGCGCCGCGCUCGGGGCCCCGUUGCCCGUCUGUGUCGCCACCGCGGGCCCGGCGUGAGCUGGCUUGAGCCUCUGGGGCCCGUCGCAGCACCCUGCGGCCUGUCGGCCGUCGCCCUCCUCCUUGCGUGGGCGUGGAAGCGGGAGAGGAUGACUGUGGAGGAUGCGGUCGGGAUUUUUUGACUCGGCGUGUCGCGCUGCCGGUUCGGGCCCACCGCGCUUCGGCGCGACGCGACGUCCACGUCCCCAUCUCCCCAGGCGUCAACGUCCCGAGCUGUUCGCCCAGCCUCCUGCCCCGCGGAGCGCAGCGACGCGCUUCCCGCUCGCAGGGCACAGCGUGUCGGCGGGGCCGGCGCCGCGAUACGCCAAGGAAGAGGUCCCCGACCGUGUCAUGGCCGGGGCCGCGAAGUCUGCCAGAUGUCAUGGAUCCCCUUCUCGCUCAGUGGCGUGCCCUGGCCAGCCCUCGUCUGCGCACAUGCCUCGGGCCAUGCGUGAGGCGCUGGGCCCACUCGUCCAUGGCUCCCCUCUUCGGCGCACCCGAUGCUUCCCUUCUUGCCUGGCUUCGCUCGCCCUGCUUGGUCUCCCCCCGCUGCUCCGUCGCGGCCGCGACUUCCACUGGCGCUGCCGAGAGGCCCGGCUG